CCUAAGCUCGAGACGGCCACGUGACCCUCCCGGGGCCAGUCACGUGAGGCGCAGAUCCUGGGUCGGAGGGGGGUUGGCCUAGGGGGUCCGGAGUGGCAGGAAGGGAGGAAGAUGGCGGGGUGCAGGGGGUCUGUGUGCUGCUGCUGCCGGUGGUGCUGCUGCUGCGGUGAACGCGAGAGCCGCACCCCCGAGGAGCUGACUAUCCUUGGGGAGACACAGGAAGAGGAGGAUGAGAUCCUUCCGAGGAAAGACUACGAGAGUCUGGACUAUGACCGCUGCAUCAAUGACCCUUACCUGGAGGUGUUGGAGACCAUGGAUAAUAAGAAAGCGCGAAGAUACGAGGCAGUGAAAUGGAUGGUGGUGUUUGCCAUUGGCGUCUGCACCGGGCUGGUGGGUCUCUUUGUGGACUUCUCUGUGCGACUCUUCACCCAGCUCAAGUUCGGAGUGGUUCAAACCUCGGUGGAGGAGUGCAGUCGGAAAGGCUGCCUUGCCCUGUCCCUCCUUGAACUCCUGGGUUUUAACUUGACCUUUGUCUUCCUGGCGAGUCUUCUCGUCCUGAUAGAGCCAGUGGCAGCGGGUUCUGGAAUCCCUGAGAUCAAGUGCUAUCUGAAUGGCGUUAAGGUGCCAGGAAUCGUCCGGCUCCGGACCCUGCUCUGCAAAGUCUUUGGGGUGCUGUUCAGUGUGGCUGGAGGGCUCUUUGUGGGCAAGGAAGGCCCCAUGAUCCACAGUGGUGCAGUGGUAGGAGCUGGCCUCCCUCAGUUUCAGAGCAUCUCCUUACGGAAGAUCCAGCUCAACUUCCCCUACUUUCGCAGUGACAGAGACAAGCGGGACUUUGUAUCAGCGGGGGCAGCUGCUGGAGUUGCUGCAGCUUUUGGGGCCCCUAUAGGGGGCACCUUGUUUAGUCUGGAGGAGGGCUCGUCCUUCUGGAAUCAGGGGCUCACGUGGAAAGUGCUCUUCUGUUCCAUGUCUGCCGCCUUCACCCUCAACUUCUUCCGUUCUGGGAUUCAGUUUGGAAGCUGGGGUUCUUUCCAGCUGCCCGGAUUGCUGAACUUUGGUGAAUUUAAGUGCUCUGACUCUGAUAAAAAAUGUCACCUCUGGACAGCUAUGGAUUUGGGUUUCUUCGUCGUGAUGGGGGUCAUUGGGGGCCUGCUGGGAGCCACAUUCAACUGUCUGAACAAGAGGCUUGCAAAGUACCGUAUGCGCAACGUGCACCCGAAACCUAAGCUCGUCAGAGUCUUAGAGAGCCUGUUGGUGUCCCUGGUGACCACUGUGCUGGUGUUCGUGGCCUCCAUGGUGUUAGGAGAAUGCCGACAGCUGUCUUCUGCGAGUCAAACUGGUAAUGGCUCGUUCCAGCUACAGGCCACAUCAGAAGAUGUGAAUUCUACCAUCAAGACGUUUUUCUGUCCCAAUGAUACGUACAAUGACAUGGCCACACUCUUCUUCAACUCCCAGGAGUCUGCCAUCCUGCAGCUCUUCCAUCAGGACGGGACUUUCAGCCCCAUCACCUUGGCCUUGUUCUUCACCCUCUAUUUCCUGAUGGCAUGCUGGACUUUUGGCACUUCUGUCCCCAGCGGCCUCUUCGUGCCUUCCCUGCUGUGUGGAGCAGCUUUUGGACGUUUAGUUGCCAACAUCCUGAAAAGCUACAUUGGACUGGGCCACAUCUAUUCUGGGACCUUUGCCCUAAUUGGUGCAGCAGCUUUCUUGGGUGGGGUUGUGAGAAUGACCAUCAGUCUCACAGUCAUCCUGAUCGAGUCUACCAAUGAAAUCACAUACGGGCUUCCCAUUAUGAUCACUCUGAUGGUGGCCAAGUGGACGGGGGACUUUUUCAAUAAGGGCAUUUAUGACAUCCACGUGGGCCUGCGUGGCGUGCCUCUUCUGGAGUGGGAGACAGAGGUGGAGAUGGACAAGCUGAGAGCCAGUGACAUCAUGGAGCCCAACCUGACGUAUGUCUACCCACAUACGCGUAUCCAGUCUCUGGUGAGCAUCCUGCGCACCACCGUCCACCAUGCCUUCCCAGUGGUCACGGAGAACCGGGGCAACGAGAAGGAGUUCAUGAAGGGCAAUCAGCUCAUCAGCAACAACAUUAAGUUCAAGAAAUCCAGUAUCCUCACUCGUGCCGGUGAGCAGCGCAAGCGGGGCCAGUCCAUGAAAUCCUACCCUUCCAGCGAGCUUCGAAAUGUGUGCGAUGAGCAUGUGGCCUCAGAGGAGCCCGCAGAGAAGGAGGAUCUACUGCAGCAGAUGCUGGAGAGGAGAUACACUCCCUACCCCAACCUAUACCCUGACCAGUCCCCGAGUGAAGACUGGACCAUGGAGGAGCGCUUCCGCCCGCUGACCUUCCAUGGCCUCGUCCUGCGCUCGCAGCUCGUCACCCUGCUUGUCCGAGGAGUGUGUUAUUCGGAAAGUCAAUCUAGUGCCAGCCAGCCACGCCUUUCUUAUGCGGAGAUGGCCGAGGACUACCCGCGGUAUCCGGACAUACAUGACCUGGAUCUCACAUUGCUGAAUCCCCGGAUGAUUGUGGAUGUCACCCCAUAUAUGAACCCUUCACCAUUCACUGUCUCCCCCAACACCCAUGUUUCCCAAGUUUUCAACCUGUUUAGAACCAUGGGCCUGCGCCACCUGCCUGUGGUGAAUGCGGUGGGAGAGAUUGUGGGGAUCAUCACUCGACACAACUUGACGUAUGAGUUCCUGCAGGCCCGGCUUCGGCAGCAUUACCAGACCCUCUGACAGUUGAGCUUGGUUGCCACCAGCCCACUCUCCCAGAGAUGCCUCUGCAGGUGGCCUGCUCACACACUGGCCCCCAUAGCUGGCAUGAAGACUCCCGGUCACCCACUUGCCUGGAGUCCUGGAGGAUUGGGGUCAAAGGUUUCAGUGAUGUGUUGAGCAGAAAGUUGGAGUUUUACUAACUUCUCAGCAAGAAUUUUCUGUUUCUCCUUCCCCAGGCUCCCGUGGAGAGACAUCAGGGAGAAGUCAGGCUGGGUCCUGGGUAGGCACUUGGUGCUUCUCUGUUGCUGUUUCUCAGAGAACCCAGCUGUUGCCCAGACCCUUCUAGGAAGGGUGGGCAGAGGCAAACAUCGGGGGUGUUAUUUGCAUAUCAUGUUCAUUACUGAAUUCAGGAAUUGGGCCUGAGAACAGUUCCCCAUGUUCAGGGAAGCAUAGGAUCAAGCCCGGGACCUCAGAUCCUCUAGAGCUCUCUGCCUCUCCUUUGGCCUUCUCAUUCUGUUUCCUGGGAGUGGGCAUGUGCUUGCCCUGUGACUUGGUCUCCUUAGAAUCAGUUCUGAUCAGACCCAUGAAGCACUAAAACCCUAGCUAACAGCCUUUGAGCCGUUAAAUCCCAUCAUGGGGACAGCACCUUCUCCCCUCGCUGUAGGCAUUCAGUAGUCCCAGCACCCGUUACACCCGGUCUUCAGUACCGUGCUCUCUGCCCACUCUCAGUCCAUUCCUCCCCCAACCACUGGACUUUCCAAGCCUUCAUUUUUGUCUUUCUGGUGGUGCAGCCCCAGCUGUGUCUUGGACUCAUUCCCAGAGUUAACCAAAAUUGAGGAACCCCCUCCACAGAACCGCUACCCCAAGCCCUAGAGGAUUUGGAAUGGCUCUACAAGCCGGCAAACAGGCGGCCCUGAGCCAGGGCCAAUCAAAGGUACGGCCUUAGGAGGAAGCUGGUGGCUCCUCUCUUGGUCACUGCUCACUCCUGGCUUCCCACGCCACUCCCUGCUCAGCCCUCUUCCUGAGGACUUGGAGAGGAGCUUUUGCAGCUGCUGGACUGGGGCUGGGGAGGGAGUGGAUGCUCUUGCCCCUUGUGCCUCACGGCUGCUGGUCCUCUCUGGGUGGUACCUCAGGGAACAUCAGAAUUCACUUUCUGGCACCCUCGGGCCCCUGUGGUGGCUGUCCUUGGAUACCAUGGGACUUUGAUUUGCAUUAGAUACUGUUUUUUUUCUCUUUUUUGGUUUUUUGAGACAGGGUUCCUCUGUGUAGUCCUGGCUGUCUGGAACUCGCUCUGUAGACCAGACUGGCCUCAAACUCAGAGAUCCACCUGCCUCUGCCUCUGAAUGCUAGGAUUAUAGAUGUGCACUACCACUACCUGGUGCAUUAAGAUACUUUUUAAAUCAUGGAAGUUGCUGGAGGGCAUUUGUGCCAGGGUCUGGCUUCUAGCAUCAGGGUCUCUGGGCCUGGCAGAGUCUUCUGAUCAACAUGUGAGGAAUUGUUCCAUGACCUCAGUCGGGGCUUACAUUGGGUCUUGUCGUCUGAUUGUGACCCUGGCCCUCCGUUUUCCCCAUUUACUUAUCUUUUUACCAGAACAAUCUGUUCUCCAGAUUCUGGCCUGUGAGGUGGGGGUGGGGAUUGAAACUGGUUGGAAAAUAGCCCUUCUAAGCCGGGAUCUGUGUGGCCAACUGCCAGCUUCAUUUUACAACUGACUUGAGUGUCUGCCCUGCUGUAUCUUCUAUCGGGAAGGAAACCAGUUGCCCACACCAAGAGAAAAGUUUGACACACUACAGAAUCUUCUUCCCAGCCUGUGGGUUUGCAGAAUAGCAGCCUGCCGAGGACCUGAGUCCACAACUUGCCCCCGAGGUAGCCCUGAUGACCCACUGCAUUCUGUUCAUCCCACGUGUGUGAUGACUCACCCCGCCAGUGUAACCCUGGAGCUGGAGCCCAUGCCCCUCUGCCCCUCUGCCCCUCUAGGACACCCCUGUGUCCCUCCCCACAACCUGCCUAUCCAGAAAAGCCCAAAGACAACAGCUUCUCCACCUAUAAACUAGAGCGGUAAGCCUAGGACCCCUCCCCACAGCUGCCCCUUGGAACCAGUGGUACAGUAUCUCACCUGCCACAGUUCAGUGACCCCCCCAGUGCCACAGCACCUUGUCACCACAGCUCCAGGGAGGGACCCCUGAGGGACCGUCUGAGGUUGGAUCGAGGCAGUUUUCCUGCCUUCUGCACCUGGGCAUUACUUGGCUCUCUGGUCCUGCUGUGGGAGUUUGGUGUUGUGUGAGCUGUCUGCAUGUGACCUUGGUUAAGCAGUUCCAGCUGGAAUGGACGUUAGCUUGAUUCAGCCAGCCGUGUGACAUUUUGAUGCAGACCUUGGUGACAAGAAAGCUUCCGGAAAAGCCAGCCCUGCAGUGUUGACACGCAGUGUUGCCCUGGCUCCGAUGGACCUCGGUGAUUGUCCAGUUGCAGCUUCCGCCUUUCUGUUUGCACUGUUUAUGUGGUGACAUUAGCUGGGUCCGCUGUGGAGAUGAACUGUAUCUUUUUUAAUUUGUAAAACUCUAUUUUUAUUUGACCCUUUGGAAGGAGGAAGUUCUGUGGUAACUUUACGAAGUCAGAAUAAAAUGUCUGCUCCUUC